AUGUUCAAGGGACGCAGCACCCAUCUACGUGACGUAUUCAAGGAACGCGGCACCCAUCUACGUGACGUAUUCAAGGGACGCAGCACCCGUCUACGUGACGGAUUCAAGGGACACAGCACCCGUCUACGUGACGUAUUCAAGGGACGCGGCACCCAUCUACGUGACGUAUUCAAGGGACGCAUCACCCGUCUACGUGACGUAUUCAAGGGGCGCAGCACCAGUCUACGUGACGUAUUCAAGGGACGCAGCACCAGUCUACGUGACGUAUUCAAGGGACGCAGCACCAGUCUACGUGACGUAUUCAAAGGACGCAGCACCAGUCUUAGCAGCGUGCGAAAUUAA